AUGCAGAUGGGCCUGCCCGCCGACAACAUCAUCUGGAAUCGCUUCGAGUGGACUGAGCGCAAGGCCAGCGGCAAGAACAUCACCACCACCUCUUGGACGGGCAUCAACAUCAUUGUGUGGACCAACACGACGGAGCUGCACCCGUCGCGUCCCGUGCGCAUCAUUGGCGCGCACUACGACACUGUUCACUGGGGCAUCAAUGGCACGUCGGGCGCGCACGACAACCUGGCUGGCACGGGCCUUUUGAUCGAAGCCAUUGGCGUUCUGUUCAAGCUGCAGCAGAAGCUGUCGUUCGAGGAGCAGACUCCAUUCAUGUUUGUCUUCUUUGAUCAGGAGGAACCUGGCGCGCUUGGCUCCAAGUCACUGGUCGAUCAUCUGCGCGUCACCAAGAGUCCGCGCGGACAAUUCGCCUACUUCCUCGAUGUGGACGCGAUUGGACAUCGACUGUCAUCAGGUCCAAUUAUUCAAACAUAUCCAUACGAGCACAAACAAAAGACCUUGUUCUCGCCACGCUGGAUCGUCGAUCAUGUGAUCACAGCGGCACACCGCGUUCGCCAGGAUGGUAUAUCGGUGGGAAAUCCAAGCCUGCCACUCACACUGCUGUAUCAGGCGCAUCGUUAUCACCUCCUCUCAAUCCCAUUCCUCAGCGACGACGGUCCCUUUGUCUGGGCGGGCGUACCAUCCGUGCUGCUGACAGACUUGGACGUGUUCUAUGGACACAACGCCGACUAUCACAAGAUCACUGACCAGCCGUCCAAUCUGGACGCGGACGCACUGUCCGACACGGCAAAGAUUGUGGUCGAGUUCCUGAUGAGCACAUGUGGCGACGAGUCCAUCCCUGAGCAUUUGAGACUCAAUGUCUUGGACGAGCCCUCGCCCCAGAACCCACUCUAUCGAUUCAUUCUCUCAUUGCUCACCAGUCUCUUUGAAACCAUCUUCUCUGGACACGCUCAGUACCUUGCCAUCGGACCAAUCACACUCGGAUACUUUGAGCUACUAUCACUCAUACUUAUGAUGAUCACAUGGAUGUAG